UGGAGUGCAUUGCAUCUGUAGGAGUCACUGCAAGUCUGACUGAGUGCAGCUUCUAACCACAGAGCCAAGCUGACCUACAUAUCACAAACUGCCUCUUCUUCUUACCCCACACCCUGCAUCACCCACGCUGCUCUCCUAGUCUGCUCAGCACUGUGUACCUCAUUCUCCCCCAGAGCCUUGCUGCCCUCUCCUAGCUGGGGUUAGAAGCCUCUGCCGGAGCCAGAAGACACAUAUCUAUCUGCCUAGCACAUUAAGUGGAGGUUAAUCACAUUAUCAUGGCAUUUCCUGCUCAGACAGAGAUGGUGAACAUGAAUCUCAAUGAGAAACAAGUGGGGACUUUUGGAACCGAGACCCCAGAACCAAGUUUUCCUGGAGCAGAGAGUCCGGAGUUAGAAGAAUUCCUGCCUCAUUCAUCUGUAAAGGAAAAAACAAGAUUCACUGAUUUCGAGGGCAAGACUUCUUUCGGCAUGUCGGUAUUUAACCUCAGUAAUGCCAUCAUGGGAAGUGGUAUCCUUGGAUUGGCAUAUGCCAUGGCUAACACUGGAGUUCUUCUGUUCCUGUUCCUUCUGACUGCUGUGGCUUUGUUGUCAGGUUACUCCAUCCAUUUAUUAUUGAAAUCAUCAGGAAUAGUAGGAAUUCGAGCCUAUGAGCAGCUCGGCUACAAAGCUUUUGGGACCCCUGGAAAGUUGGCUGCUGCUCUGGCCAUAACGCUACAAAAUAUAGGAGCUAUGUCCAGCUAUCUGUACAUUAUAAAGUCUGAACUGCCUCUUGUCAUCCAGACAUUCCUCAAUGUUUCGGAGAAAACCUCGGACUGGUAUAUGAAUGGGAAUUAUCUGGUGAUAAUGGUAUCAGCAUGUUUAAUCCUACCGCUGGCUCUGAUGAAACAACUUGGGUACUUGGGCUAUGCCAGUGGAUUCUCCCUCAGCUGUAUGGUGUUCUUUCUGUGUUCAGUAAUAUACAAGAAGUUUCAGAUACCUUGUCCUCUGCCAUGGGAUAGCUUUAACCAAACCCUACUGGAGAACGUGACCAUGGUGCCUUCAGGUUUUGCCUAUCAGAAUGGGCACGCUGAUGUGGUAGAGUCCGCAACUGAGCAAUGCGGGCCAAAAAUGUUCACACUGAACUCACAGACAGCAUAUACAAUCCCUAUCAUGGCUUUUGCCUUUGUGUGUCACCCAGAGGUCCUCCCCAUAUACACUGAGUUGAGAAAUCCCUCCAAGCGAAGGAUGCAACAAGUGUCGAACAUCUCCAUUGCAGUCAUGUACGGCAUGUAUUUCCUGGCUGCUCUUUUUGGCUACCUCACUUUUUAUGACCAUGUGGAAUCAGAGCUCCUGCACACAUACAGCUAUGUGGAUCCUUUUGACAUUUUGAUUCUGUGUGUCCGUGUUGCUGUACUAACAGCUGUCACACUGACUGUGCCCAUCGUUCUGUUCCCGGUGCGACGUGCCAUCCAGCACAUGCUGUUUCCAAACAAAGAGUUCAACUGGAUCAGACACAUCCUCAUUGCUGUGGUGCUUCUCACGUUUAUUAACUUGCUUGUGAUCUUUGCCCCUUCCAUUCUUGGAAUCUUUGGAAUUAUUGGUGCUACAUCUGCUCCAUGCUUGAUCUUCAUCUUUCCAGCUGUUUUCUACAUCAGGAUCAUGCCCAAAGACCAAGAACCCAUGAAAUCCACACCAAAAAUACUGGCUGCCUGUUUUGCUGCUUUGGGUGUUCUAUUUAUGAUCAUGAGUCUGAGUUUUAUCAUCAUUGACUGGACAAGCGGAACAUCUAAAAGUGGUGGGAGCCACUAACCCACCCUGCCACCCCUGCCACCACCAGCUAUUCCUCCAUCCUUUAAUUUUACCAGGACUUCACACUGUAAAGUGACUUUGCUGUUUGUUGUACAUCACAAUCCAGAUGCAGGAUGUCACAACUUUUCAUUUUCCUUGUGUUCCUCUGGAACGGGGCUAAUAUUUAUGUUCUGAAUAAGGGGUGCUGUAACCCCUGUACUCAUGUAGACGUUACUGUGGUGGCAAACAGAGGUAGCCUACCCAGCUGCUCGCUAGAGAGGCAUGUGUCCUACCAACCAUUGCUAAACUGCAGUGGAGAAGGGGCACACUCCAACAGUGACCACCACUGCUCUACAUUUCAUAGGAAUCAACGAGUUGGAUAAAAGGUUGACACAUGUCUCUUCUUUCUGAUAACACCUCAAUGUCAGUGCGUGGGAUUGUUGGGUGUUGGUCUUUCUGUACAACAGGGUGGUUUAGCACUUUUAUGUAAUGUUACACACUAAAGGGGAACAUCCUGCAUGAAUUAGUAUCUACCUGAGGUAUGUCUCCUAAAAUCCAUGCUAUUAGGUUUUAGCUGUUUAGUUUUUAGUAUUAAAAAAUGAAGAAAAACCCUCAAAUAAUAUGACAGCAAAGGGGUUAAAAGUGUGUACCUCCUACUAAGUAAUGUGGUGAUUUUUCAUCUUUGAAAGGAAGGGAGACCGGAUAAAUAAGAGACAACUGCUAAACAAAAUAGUGGUAUCGAGUACCAGAGAGAAAUAUCCCACAUGGAAAAAAUGUAGUGGGGAGGUCAAAUUUCAGAUCGAAAAAGCAGAAAAGCAGAAAGAGUGAAUGUGUGAACAGAAAAUGUGAAAUAUGGGGCUCAUUUAAAAAGAAGGAAUCACACAGCGUUUGGAAAGCUAGGGGUUAAAAGGCUGCUGGUUAGCAUUUCAUGUAGAACAAAGCCUGGCAAAUAUUAAAUCAAGUCACAUCUACUUUUGGUGACAGUCUCCUACAGGGCUUUGUCAUUUAUUCUGCAGUUCUGUUUCCCUAAAUUGCUGAGCCAGUGGGUGACGCACGUAGGGACCUCUUCAAUGAAAUUCACAGAACAGAACAAACGGAAACUAUUUUCCAAGUAAUUAAUAUUCCCUACGUCGCUGCCCAACAGUAGAAUUGGAGAAUACACAAUGGGGCAACAUAAUAAACAAGCGGAAGCAGGAGACAGUGAGAUCUGUGCAAACACCUUCGAUGUCCCAUGAAGAAUCCUCUGUUUUUUUCUAGGGCAUAAUCAUUAUUGCACGCACCCGUGAUAAGGGGUGUGAAUACAGCAAAGUCAUGGGAAGAGAGCCUAGCAGUGUACCCAUAUACACACUGGAAGGGAAAUUGUAGGGGCAACAAGUCAGCGCUUCUUCCUAUGUGAUGUUUUCCUUUUUACAAACCUCUCUUCGUUGUGUCAACUGGGUGGCUGCCCUUAACCCAUUAACUGCAGGUUUAUAUUGUGAUACUGACAAUCCCACAUGGAACUUUAACCUUGAAUAUAUAUGCAGCCGUCCCUUUUUUUUUUUUCUUACCUAGAGUAUGGAGAGAAUUGUCCUAUGUAACCUGUUGAGAAUCAGGGAAGAUUACAUGUGACAUAUAUUAAUAGUCUUGCUGCUGGGGGAACCUUUUUAAUGAUUGCAGAGCAUUAUGUGAAGGUACAUAUCGCAACAAAAAAGGCUUGAAUUCCUUGUAUCUGUACCUAGGUGAGCUAAAUUAUAGGAGAUGGGGCACAGCUUUCUUCCCCCAACCUUUUUAUGUAUUUCAGGGCUGGGCGCUUGCUGAUGACCUCAUUUUUAUUAGAAUGUUUAAUCCCUAAUUUAUGAUUUGUGAUACUGUUUUUACUAUUUUGUAACUACUUUGUAAUAAUGAAAGAUUAGAAUAUGAGGAACCCCACUUUACCGCAAAAGCUACAAAUGGGGUGGGGUAUGAAUGUUUAGUUUAUUUGUAGGUUGUAUGUGUUAAAUUAUGACAAAAUUAGGUGGGCUUUUGUUUUGUUUGUUUGUUUGUUUGUUUGUUUGUUUUGGAGAAGGGAACUGUUUAUAUGAGAAAAUUAAAAGAAAAUUGUGGCAAGUGCUUUUUUUUAUAGUGUCCUAAUUAAUGUUCUAUCAAUGUGUUCCUUUAUAGUUAUUCAUAUUUUUUCUAGAAAAGAAAAAAAAAACAAAGAACAGAAAAACAUAUACCUAUGUAAUAUAUGUCUCUGACAUGAAGAUAAAGAGCAGGCAUAUGUAAGAGGAUUCUUAAUACAAGUUUUGAAAUUUGAUUGUAGAUACAAUAAUCAAUCCAUUAAAAAAAUA